CGCUUGACUGUAACACGCACGGGAUUCAUAUGGGCAGAAUGUAAAAGUACGGAGAGCCAAUAACUGCUUUAAUGACAACCGGAUCCUCCUUGACGAUGAGAAGUGCGCUGCGCCUUGACGUGCCAUCUCACCUUAAUACGCAUCGGUGUAACAUUCCGUCUAGAAAGACGUUAUGAAGUGUUACGGGCUACAUCGUCAAGCAAACGGCAUUUGAAGGAGAAACUGGGCUUAUCGAAGACGAGGAGCUAUAGCUGCUGGACUACUUGCCGCCCAUCACAACCAAAGGAGAGCAGCUGAAACGGAUCAUAGAGCCAACAGCCAGCCAACCCAGGACGAGGAAGAGAAGAGCUGCGAUAGGAGACUCAGGGGAAUUUUUCCUUUUUCUGACACGACCAUUGUUGAGGACUACAAGAGAGAGAGAAAAAAAACGCUCUACAGGGACACGCAGCCUGGCACAGCAACCCCCGUCCUCUUCUCUGAGUCACAUCAGGACGUGCCACUAAAGUUGGCUCAAUAUUUGAACAUUUGAAUGUUUAACAAAUCGGGGCCAAAAAAAAGUCUUUCUGGUAUUUUUUUUCCUUUUCCUUCCUCUCUGAUUGAUUACCGGGGAGGGGAUGUCUUGACUCGGUGUCAGAAGAGGAGAACCCAUCAUCUGUGUUUUCAUCGUUGAACUAUAGAGGGAGAGAGAGAGAGUGAGAGAGAGAGCCUUUUUCGGAAGCAGGAGUGUAAAGAUCAUGGGCGCUGUGGCCCAACAUGGCUCCUGUCCAGUGAGUCCUAAAGCAGCUCCCAGGGCCCGAUGAGGGGCCCCAGCCCCAGCCCUCUCCGGGGCCGGCACUUCCACUGCCGGGAGUGGGCCCUGGAGAAGCUGCGGAGAUGCCUGGACGCCCGUGGAGGCGGUGGUGGCGGCGGAUUAGGUGGCGGUGGGGAGAGCCGACUGGUGUCAUCGUCCGCAUCGGCAUCGGCAGCCGCGGUGGGAGUGCUAAUGACAGGCGGCCCCGGCGCGGGCAAGACGGCUCUGUGCACGGAGCUGGUGUGGCCCCAGUCGGCGGCGGGCAGGGCCUCGGGCCUGGCGCCGCGCUGCCUGGCCUGGCACUUCUGCCAGCGGGAGGACGAGGGUAGCGUGGCCGUCUGGAGGUUCGUCCUCAGCCUGGUGGAGCAGGCCAGGGCCAGCGCGCUCCUGCCCCCGGCGUAUGCACACGCGCUGGGCAGCCCCGACGUGGCGCCCACCCUGGAGCCUCUGCACUGCCAGCGAGAUCCGGACGACACCUUCAGAAGGGCUUUUCUGGAGCCGCUGUCAGACCUCCCCACUCCACCCCAGAGUGUGUUUGUGCUGGUGGACUCCCUGGACUCCGGCUAUGGGUCUGGUCUCAGGGAGGGCGGUGGUGGUGGUGGGGGCCUGACGACCACGUCAACGCCGGCCUCCUCCUCCACCUCUACCUCCUCCUCCUCCCACACCUCCCCCAUCAUGGCCAGUCGGAGCGGCUCCAUCGCCGAGCUGCUGUCCAGACACCUCCACCUCCUGCCCAGAUGGCUCCUGCUGGUGUGCUCCGCUCGCCGCCAGAACAGGGCUCUCUGCAAGAUGUUCUCAGGUUUCCGGCGCCUGUGCCUGGACGACCUGCGUAAGCCCCCGGCGGUGCGCGACGUGCAGCAGUACAUCCUGCGGCGGCUCGACCAGGAGGGGGCGCUCCGCCGGCAGCUGACGCCCGACACGGCCGACAUGCUGAACCUGCUGCACAUCAAGAGCGGCGGCUGCUUCCUGUUCCUGCAGCGCGUCCUAGACGGUGUGGCGGCCGGCCUGGUGGGCCUGCGCGAGAUCCGCGACAUCCCCGGCACCCUCAACGGCCUCUACCUGUGGCUCUGCCAGCGCCUGUUCCCGCGCCGGCUCUUCGCUCACGUCCGCCCGCUGCUCAACGCCCUGCUGGCCUCCCCCAAGCCGCUCACGCCCGCCCAGCUCUACGCCGUGGUGUGGACCCAGGACACGUCCCUGCGUCUGGACGACUUCCAGACCAAGCUGGGCGCUCUGUCCUCGCUGCUCAUCGACGGGCCCGGAGGAGGCAGCAAGCUCCUGUUCCACAGCAGCUUCGCCGAGUGGCUGACGGACGUCAAGUACUGCACGCAGAAGUACCUGUGCAGCGCGCAGGAGGGCCACCUGAUGCUGGCCAUGGCGCUGUCGCUGCAGGCCAGGAGCCUGUCCACCGAGGAGACCUGCAUGCUGGGGAGCCACCUGCUGAGCAGCGGGGCGCACUCGGGCGACACCGCCCUGCUGGCGCUCUGGAUGGUGUGGACCGGGGUGCCGUCCCUGCGCAGUGUCGUUGAACACGGCUGUGGUGGUGGCGGCCGCGGAAGGGGGGACGACAACAACAGAAGAAGGGACUCGCUGAACCUCAAUGUGUCUCAGACUCAAGGGGCGGCGACGACGACACCACCGGUGGUGAUCCAGCAGGAGGUGCUUCAGCUUCUGAUGAAGAGCGGGGUGUUCCCGCCGACCUGCUCCCCGGACAACGGCCCCAGCGUCGGGGUGCACUGCGCCGGCAGCGGCAGCGGGGUGGUCCGUCGGGCCCUCCAGAGGGAGGACUCGGUCCGGGCGCUGCUGGACACGGGGGUCAGCGUCAACCGGACGGACCCCUCCAACGGGCGCACCCUGCUGGCCUCGGCGGCCCACGCCGGCUCGCCGGACGUGGCCGCCCUGCUGCUGUGCCGCGGAGCCGACCCGCUCCUCCGGGACCACCAGGGCCAGACGCCCCUGACGCUGGCCGCCAGGCAGGGCCACGUGGGGGUGCUGCAGGUGCUGCUGGACUGGGCACAAGACCAGCACGGGGGCCUGGAGGAGGCCGCCUCGGCACGGACCAUGCUGGAGCAUUCGGACAGCGAGGGUUGGACUGCCUUGCGGUCGGCGGCGUGGGGUGGGCACGCGGAGGCGGUCAGGCUGCUGCUGGAGGCCGGGGCGGACGUGGAUGGGUGCGACGCGGAUGGACGUACCGCGCUCAGGGCAGCUGCCUGGGGAGGCCAUGAGGAGAUACUACUCAACCUGCUGGACCAUGACGCACAGGUGGACAAGACGGAUCGCGAGGGCCGCACGCCGCUGAUCGCUGCCGCCUUCAUGGGCCACAAGGAGGCGCUGGAGAUCCUGCUGGACGCGGGGGCCCAGGUGGACCUACCCGACGGGGACGGACGCACCGCCCUCUCCGUGGCUGCGCUUUGUGUGCCGGGCGGGGGCCGAGGCUAUGGGGAGGUAGUGAGCCUGCUCCUGGAUCGCGGUGCCAACCCGGAGCACCGUGACCGCGACGGCAUGACGCCGCUGCUGCUGGCCGCGUACGAGGGUCACGAGGAGGUCCUGGAGCUCCUGCUGGAGGCCGGGGCGGACGUGGACGAGACGGCCGCCGCGAGCUCCAAAUCGUCGCCAUCGUCCCCAGUGGGCUCCUCCUCGUCCUCCUCCGUCACCCCGCUCCUGGCGGCGGCGUCAAUGGGCCACGCGGGCGCCGUGAGCCGCGUGCUAUUCUGGGGCGCGGCCGUGGACGCCAUCGACGCCGAGGGACGCACGGCCCUGUGCCUGGCGGCGGCGCGUGGCAGCGUGGAGGUGGUGCGCGCCCUGCUGGACCGCGGGCUGGACGAGAACCACAAGGACCACCUGGGCUGGACGCCGCUGCACGCCGCAGCCUGCGAGGGCCACCGCGCCGCCUGCGCCGCGCUCACCGAGAGGGGCAGCAUGGCGCGCGUGGGCGAGCUGGACGUGGAGGGCCGCACUCCCCUGAUUCUCGCCGCGCAAGAGGGCCACUGCGGCACCGUGCGCCUUCUGCUGGACCGCCACUCGCCCAUCGACCAGCGCGACUACGACGGCCACUCGGCACUCUCGGCGGCCACGCUCCAAGGCCACGGGGACGUGGCCGAGCUGCUGAUGAGGCGCGGGGCGGACACGGACGUGCGCGACGCGGAGGGCCGACCGCUGCUGUACCUGCUGGUGCUGGAGGGGCGGCUGGACAUGGCCGGCCUGCUCAUGGAGAAAGGCGGGGUGCCGCUGGAGUCGCGCGACUCGGAGGGCCGCACGGCGCUGCACGUGGCCACCUGGCAGGGCAACGAGGCGGCUCUGGGGCUGCUGCUGGGACGCGGCGCCGACCCCAACGCUCGGGACUCGGAGGGGCGGACGCCGCUGCACUCAGUGGGGUGGCGGGGCCACGCGGAGGCGGGGCGGCUGCUGCUGGAGGCCAGGGGCGUCAUGGUGGACCUGGCCUGCCACCAGCAGGGGGCGACGGCGCUGUCCAUCGCGGCGCAGGAGGGCCACGCGGAGGUGGUGGCCGCUCUGCUGCAGAGGGGCGCCAAUCCGGACCACAUAGACUCGUACGGGCGCAGCCCCGUGAAAGUGGCCGGGAAACGGGGACACUACGACAUUGUGCGCCUACUGGAGAGCUACGGAGCCAAGCCCUACCCUGGUCUCCUGCCUCUCGUACUGAGUGGCGGCGGCCGCCACGGCAACAACAACAACCCAGGAGUCUCCCAGAGCUCCACGGUGAAGACCCAGUCCUCGGCCAGCUCGGGGAGCACAGGGGAAGGCCGUGGAGGAGGAGGGGGAGGCACGGGCACCUCGUACCCGGGAGCCUCCUCCGCCUCCUCAGCCUCGGCCUCCUGCUCCCCGGCCUCCACGGCGGAGCGCUUCCACUCCAUGCAGAGCUCGCACGCCUCCUCCUCCACCUGCCACUCGCUGGCAACGGUGCAGACGGUGCCCGCCGACAGCCUGAGCUUCACGCAGCAGAUCCAGCAGCACUCGUUGCCGCGCUGCCGCAGCCGGCCCUCCACCCUGCCCCCGCCGGGCUCCACGUGCCCCAGCCUCCAUGGUAGCACCAAGCGGAGCCAGAGCCAGCUCACCAAAGGCGGAUGCAAAGCCCCUCCGGCUGACAUACAGCAGUACUUCCCCUCGGGACUCCUGCUGGACUUGAACCAGCCCUUCAAGGGCCUCCUGGAGUCGCUGGGGGGAGACUUUUCCGCCAAGCCCAAAAUGGAGAGUAUUUUAGGGGAGGACUUGGUUAAGGGUUCCCCACAGCAGGUUGGUGGUGGUGGUGGUGGUGGUGGUGGAGGGGGAGGAGGGGGGAAGUGGAACUCUGUCAUGGCGUCCCUGGGCGUGUCGCCGGGGCUGGAGGGUGCCACCCGACCCGUGAAGAUCAGGGAUAGCCCACCCCUGGGGUACCCGCCCCUAAGCCACCACCAGGGGGACACUUGGGAGGCGCCCCAGAAGGUGCCCCUCCCGCAGGACUUUAACUUUAACAGCCACAACGCAGCAAUCUCACCCGCCAGUGCCUUACCUGCGGACGCCAUGGUUACCAUGGUGACAAACGACCCACACCUCAGCCGGAAGCAGGCCAUCAAGCUGCAGUUUGAGGGACCAACUAGUGCACUGCUCUACAAGCGAGAGACCCCACUGUGAGGUGGAAAUGGCCAGUAAGCAGCUUAAAUAGAAAAAGGAGCACAGAGCUAUUGUCAAGUCUGUGAACUGAACGAUGACAGGAAAAGACUUUGUCACGCCAACUCCUGACCCCCUUCCUGACGAGAAGAAAGAGGCAGUAGCGGAGGAGCGGACGGAGGAGAGGAAGACACACACUGUAGAGGAGAGGAAGGAAAGGAGCGACAGGGAGUUUGAGCGAAAAAAAGUCUAAUGCUGUUUACAUUCCACCACUUCCCCCCUUGUGCCUGGACAGUGUGGAAAGCAGCUGUCACCACCGGUAGCCAACACACACCCGCAUACACACCCGCACACACACACACACGCGCACACACGCGCACACACGCGCACACACGCGCACACGCACACGCACACACACACACACACACACACACACACACACACUACAUGUUAUCAUGGGCUGCCGCCUUCACAAGUGCAUACACACCCCUUAACCCCAUUGACACACGCAAACACACUACACGUAGACGUACACACACACACACACACACACACACACACACACACACACACACACACACACACACACACACACACACACACACACUAUCAUGGGCUGUCGCCUUCGCAAGGACAUACACACCCCUUAACCCCAUUAACACACACACACACACACACACACACACACACACACACACACACACACACACACACACACACACACACACACACACACACACACACACACACACACACACACACACACGUCAUUUACAUUCAUCAGUUCUUCUGUCCUCCAUCUCCACCCAUAACCCUCCUUGUUCACCCCCCCAAGUGGACUCUCCGGCCAUGGACUCCCCCUGCGUCUGCAAGUCAGUCAAAGGGACCAAAGAGGCAGGAAAGGAAACCUUAUGGGACUUCCGAAAGAAAAAAAAAAUCACCCAACCCCUCCCUCCCUCCCUCCCUCCCUCCCUCCCUCCCUCUCAUCUCCCUGGAGUGUGUCUGUCUAGCGCCAGCACUGCAAUGGCCAUAAUUACCAGUGUAACAAAAGGGCUCUGACUACUCACAUACCACAGUGGGACACCAAGUACACAAAACAACCCAAGAAGAAGGAGAAGAAGAAGAAUAAAAGGAAAAAAAGCAAACAACCUAACUGGAAUUUGGGAUUUUUUUUUUCCCCCCCUGGCCCUCUCAAACCAUUUUGUUUUCCUGCUCUUCUCUGCUCUGCUCUGUUUCGCUCCAUACUGAUUUCUGCAUUUGAAAUGCACAAUUUUUCUUAUUGUCAUAACCUCAAUUGAUGUCAUAUUUGUAAGUUAUAAGUUACUGUAUCUCGGAUCUAGGAUUUUUUUUGGUGCUUUCAUCGUGGACGAGAAAAAGGGAAAGAUGGUAAAGCGGAAAGCGUUGGCACUUAACCUUUAUACCUGUGCCUCUAGCGUGUUGGUCUUCUGAAGCGAUCAAUUGACUCAUGGACGAGGAGGAGCAACAAGGCUGAGUAGAACUCAGCAAAGCACAACUGAACUGAGCAGGGAGACCUGUCAACCCGUCGAGAGAGAGAGAGAGAGAGAGAGAGAGAGAGAGAGAUGGAAGGGAAGAGUGGGGAAUUAGCAUUUGAGGACUCGGGCACGUAGGGGAGAUUCUGAGUGUGAACGUCCAUCGCAAAUAUGGGUCAUUUCCAUUUGUUAAGAGAGACACUUUAAUCUACUUACGUUUCCAUUUUCAUAUAUGUAUUCUCUCAACGCAAUGUUACACACCAACUGACCAGGACUUUUAAAUUAAAAGCAUAAUUGUGUUUAACAUGGCUGUUUGUUUUUGAUGCAUAAUUGUUUGGGUGUUUGGAGUUCAUAAAAUACUUU